AUCUCUGGAAAACCUGGAGCAAAACUCAAGAUGGCGAUGCCCAGACCAGGAAGGUCUGCCAGUGUUCUGUCGUCUGUCCCCUUCCAGUUGCUGCUGCACUUGACAGCUUUCUACUUUGUCUUCUAUUUCCUCUCCACUUUCAGCAUGAUCAUCUACAAGAGCCGUGUGCUGAGCUACCCUGACAACAGGCUGGCCAGCGAUGUGGGGCUGCUGCUCAUCAUGGCUGCUUUGGAGACACUGCGGCUGUUCUGUGGUAUGAAGGGCAACCUAAAGGAGACGGAGGGCUACGUUGUGGCUAACCUCUUCCUGACUGGGGUAACGGUCCUGCUGUCGGUCUACUUCCUGACCUGGCAGUCCUACGUGCUGCGAGCGGACGUUAUCAUCAACAGCAUCUUGCUGGUUGGCUACGGUUUGGGCGGAGUCAUGGCUUUCAUCACUGUGGCCCGUUUCACCAGGUUGGACUUCCACUCUCGCUAGAUUGUAUCACAACCAAUGUUUGGUCAGCCUUGGACUAGUUGGACUGCACAGCAUCUAGUGUCAAAUAUACAGGAUAUACUUCAUCAUAAAGAGACGGGCCUACAUUCUAGGCUUAUGUUUCUUUCAUUUUGAUUGACAAGAUAUUUCCAUAUAAUUAGUAGCUCAUACAUGUGUUCUGAAUGGCCUGACUGCGUGGAGCUUUGCUAUUGUCUUCUCUUUUGUUCAGGAAUGAAAUAAGCCCUGGUUCUUCUGGACUUGUUUGAAUUAUUGAUUUGGGUGUCAUUCAUCAAAGUGUUACUGUAUACCUUGUACAAUGUCGUCACGUCCUCCAAUUUUCCUCCCAAGAUAGCUCCAAGGAAAAUAUCAGAUCUCUUAUUCUGAAAAGAUAAAAUAUUGUUUAUGCAAGCAGCAGAGGGAUGAAUACAUUCAGUCGACCUGAAUGUAGGCAUAUGAAUAAGAGAGACCUUAUCCUUGGCAAAAGAUGAAUUGUGUGAAUGAAAAACAGAGUUUGUGGAGGUAGGGCACUGUCAUCAUUUUUAAUGUGACUGGUGUAUUAUCUGUCAUCAGCCAAAGAUCUUGUACAGGUUUGUUUGUCUCAACCCAGCCAAGUGAUGGAUGUAUAUUAGAACUGCAAAAUGAAUCAAAACGGUUGAAUCUCAAUAUUUACUGCUGCAGUUUUCACAUUGCAAGAGUGUUUUUUUUUUUUCCUUCAAGUGAAAUGAGCAGCUGUGGAUAAAACGUUUCACUCUGUUCAAACAACAACAACACGAAGCAUGUCCACACCCCACAUGCACUUUUUCUUUUUUUGCUAUAUUUUUUAAGCACUGGAAAUAAAUUAGGUCAUAAAAGCUCUACAUAAAAUGUAAAUCAUUACAUGCAAUAAAGUGGCAUUUCACAGAUUUCAGCCACUGUAUGUCACAGCUGAACUCUUCUGCACUUCUCCACUAUAUCAUUUCUUAAAAUAAUUUAAAAGCACCAUGUCAUUUGUGAAAAAAGGAUCUCUCAGGGAAUUUAUUAUCAUGCAGUGAGACUAAACAAAUCAAAUAAGGGCUACUGUAUGUGUCAUAUUUUCCAUUUAGAUAAUGUAUUUGCGAGGUAUAACGUAUGUUGUUCAGCAUUUUUUCUUACUUUGUUUUUUGUCUUGUUUUUUUUUUUUUUUUUUUUACACAUAUUAGGAAUAAAACAUUUUUAUUUUUGUGCUACUAGUGAUUUUUGUAUUAAAGAAAUUA